AUGACGGCGCAGGCGCUCGCGCCGCCGCCGCCGGAGCCGCACCAGCUCAGCCUGGCCGACCUCAGGGCCGUCUCCGUGCUCGGCCGCGGCGCCAAGGGCGUCGUCUUCCACGUCGUGCCCGAGGGCGAGGGCAGCGACGGCGACGUCGCCAUGGCGCUCAAGGCGGUGUCGCGGGAGGCCGCGCGGCACAAGAAGAGCGGCGGGAGCGGUGGCGGCGGCGCCGGGGACGGACACCGGAGGAUCUGGUUCGAGCGCGACGUGCUCCUGGCCCUGCGCCACCCGCUGCUCCCCGCCCUCCGCGGCGUCCUCGCCACCGACGCCGUCGUCGGCUUCGCCAUCGACCGCUGCGGCGGCGGCGACCUCAACUCCCUCCGCCGCCGCCAGACCGAGAAGAUGUUCUCCGAUUCCGUCAUACGGUUCUACGCGGCGGAGCUGGUGCUGGCUCUCGAGUACCUGCACAGCAUCGGCAUCGUCUACCGGGACCUCAAGCCGGAGAACGUCCUGAUACAGGACAGCGGCCACAUCAUGCUCGUCGACUUCGACCUCUCCACGAGACUCCCGAUUCUGCCGCCGGAGCAGGACGCCCCCAAACCUGCGCCCGUCCCUAGCUCGCCGUCCCCGAACACCGGGAAGCCCAAGAAGCCGGCCAUGUGCUUCCGGUUCCGUUCAGGCGGCGCCACAAAGCCGGCCGUGUCUGCAGACUCGCCGUCGCCGCCGUCCACCUCGCGGACAGCCUCCUCGUCCUCCACCUCAUCAACGACCACCACGGCCUCCUCCACGGUCUCCGGCGCGCGCACGCCGGCCAAGUCGAACUCGUUCGUGGGCACGGAGGACUACGUGGCGCCGGAGAUCAUCGCCGGGAGCGGGCACGACUUCAUCGUGGACUGGUGGGGCCUGGGCGUGGUCCUCUACGAGAUGCUCUACGGGCGCACGCCGUUCCGGGGCCAGAACCGCAAGGAGACCUUCUACCGCGUGCUCACCAAGCAGCCGGAGCUGGUGGGCGAGAAGACGCCGCUGCGCAACCUCAUCGCCCGCCUCCUGGAGAAGGACCCGGCGAAGCGCAUCGGCGCGCGCGGCAUCAAGGCGCACCCCUUCUUCCACGGCGUCGACUGGGACCGCAUCCUCCGCGUGGCGCGCCCGCCCUACAUCCCGGCCCUGCCCCAGAACGAGGACGGCGGCGAGGUGCUCGACGUCGAGAAGGUCGUGCACGAGACGUUCGCGGCCAGCGACGUCGAGGCCGCGGCGGCGGCGGCGGCGGGGGGCGACGAGAAGAAGCCUUCGCCGGAGACGGAGACGGGCGGGGGCGACGACGGUGAGCGGAGGAUGAUGGAUCCGUCGAAAGACGGCGAUUUCUCCGUGUUUUUCUGA